AUGGCAGUUGCUUUGAUUGGCAGAGCACCAUCUAGUUUGCCAAGUAACACGAAAAUAAACUCAAAAAAACAUGCUAAGACAAUUACAACUCGAAGUGGAAUGCAACUACCUGAAAUACAUGUCAAAAGGUUGGGUGUAAACAGAGAAACAAGAUCUCUUGCAGUAGAAGAGACUAUGGAGCAUAAUGAGCAAAUAAAGGAAUCUACUCCAACGGAAGGCUCAGAAGUUUCACAUAAGCAUCCCAUUUGCCGAAACUCUAGUCUAGUGCCUAGCUACGCAAAGUUCUUGAAAGACAUCUUAUCAAAUACACCUAAGCUAGGGAAACAUGAGACGAUCAUGCUAACUGAGGAAAGUAGAGCCAAAAUCCAGAAUAAGCUUUCACCAAAAUUGAAAGAUCCAGGGAGUUUAACUGUCCUUUGCACUAGUGGUGAAGAAACUCAGAUAAGGAAAGGCCAAGGGAUAAUUAUAGACGCAUUGAUCAAAGUGGAGAAAUUCAUAUUCCUUAAUGACUUUUUCAUUUUGGAUAUGGAAGAAGACAAUGACAUUCCAUUGAUAUUGGACAGACCAUUCUUGGCCACCGGAAGGGCUCUGAUUGAUGUUCAUGAAAGACACAUGAUUCUGAGAUUGGGAGAAGAGUAG